GGGCCCGGCGCGGGGCAGGGCCGGGCCGGGCUGCGCGUCGCGGGCCGCUGGGGCUGCUCCGGGCCGCCGCUCUCCGAGGAGCACACCGCUCGCUCCGAAGGUCUGCGGCGCGGCAGGCGCCGCCCGGAGCUCUGGCCAUGAGGACCCUGUGGAUGGCGCUGUGCGCGCUGGCGCGGCUGUGGCCGGGGACCCUGGCCGGCUGCGCCGAGGCGGGGCGCUGCUGCCCGGGCCGGGACGCCGCCUGCUUCGUGCGUGGCUGGAGGUUGGACAGGGUUUACGGGACGUGCUUCUGCGACCAAGCCUGCCGCCUCACGGGGGACUGCUGCUUCGACUACGCCAGGGCGUGCCCAGCUCGCCCUUGCAUCGUGGGGGAGUGGAGCCCCUGGAGCGGCUGCGGGGACCAGUGCAAGCCGGCGGCCCGCGUGCGGAGGCGCCCGGUGCGGCAGGAGCCUCGGAACGGCGGCGCGCCCUGCCCGCCCCUGGAAGAGAGAGCCGGCUGCCUGGACUACUCGACGCCCCGGGGCCAGGACUGCGGGCACUCCUUCGUCCCUGCCUUCAUAACUACCUCUGCAUUCAACAAGGAGAGAACACGACAAUCCACAUCUCCACAGUGGUCUACAGACACAGAGGACAGCGGAUACUGUAUGGAGUUCAAGACUGAGUCAUUGACUCAUCACUGUGCUCUGGAAAACCGACCCCUGACUCGAUGGAUGCAGUAUCUCCGGGAGGGGUACACAGUGUGCGUGGACUGCCAACCCCCAGCUAUGAACUCUGUGAGCCUUCGCUGUUCUGGAGAUGGCCUGGACUCGGAUGGAAAUCAAACUCUCCACUGGCAAGCAAUUGGCAAUCCUCGAUGUCAAGGAACUUGGAAAAAAGUUCGGCGAGUAGAUCAGUGCUCUUGUCCAGCUGUUCACAGCUUUAUUUUUAUAUAGAUGGCGAUGUAAAUAUUUCAGAAUGUGUUUGUAAACAUGCCAAAUAUUACCAAGUCAUGUUCAGUGCUACAUAAACCUUCAAAAACCGUUUGGCCCAAGUCCCUGAACACAUGUCAUUGCCACACUCUGAAGAAGAGAAAGAAAAUUUACGGGCCAGUUCCGAAGAUACGUAGUGCCUUUAUUUUCAUUUCUGCUACACCGAGGCUCUUGUGGUCCUUGGCCUUCUGCAGAGUCAGUCUCAUUCAAGAGGUGGCCCACACAAUACAAAAUACAUGUCUCUUUGCACUAAAAUUACUACAACAUGGUCCAUGUAUUGGUGGGUUAAAUUGUCAUUUAAGGUAUCCAUGCUUUGAAUGUCGCAUUCUUUCUUUCUAUUCUGUAAUCUCUUAAAAUCUUCUCACUUUAAAAUAUGUUAUACAGGUGUAUAUGCCCAUGGUCACAUAUACAUUGCCCAUAUAUUAUUCCAUAAAUUGUGAAAGAAUAAUUUCAAGAAAACAGUCACAAGUAAUUUUCAACAGGACAUGUCGUUUAAGAUUUAGGAAGCAUUUUGUAAUGAAAAACCAACAGCUAAGUUAAAAAUGCUUUUUUGAAGAAGAAAUUGUUUUUCGUUAAUUGACAAGACCAAUCACAUGUCCAUUCUAGGUCCACACAAGUUCCUUAAAUGCGGUAACUUUCACGAGGAGAAUUUUGGCACCAACGGAUGAAACCAUGCUUUGAGUGCGAAAAUUUUACCAUUAGUGUCUAAGAUGAUUUCCAAGGCUUAAAACUUGAUGCUGACUAAAAUAAUCUUUCAGAUUUCAGUUCAAACUAAGUUCAAGUUUAAUCAAGGUAGGCUUACUGCUUUUUUUCUACAGCAUACAUUUUGGGGUGGAAGGCAGAGGUAUAAACAUGAUGGAAGACGUGGACUUUAUUACAAAUGUGAUGCUCUCACACAUACACAGAGAAGUAUUAGUCUUCUUAUCUUAUAAUUGGAAAACCAGUGAAGCAGAGGCAAGGUGGCUUGUUGAAGGACCCGGGAGGACUGGUCACUCGGCAGGCAGCCCCAGAGCCGAAUCUCUGCCUCUCAGCCAGACUCAGCUGUGACGAAAAGCCAGAUGAUGUCAAAGACAGCCGUGAAAGCUAAGCCCUUUCCACAAUCCUGAAACAAAUUCUAAACCUAGGAUAUUUUCUCUGGAGAACGGCAUCUUAAAAUUCAAACUUCUUUGGUUUCAUUUGUAUAAGAUAUUAUUCACUAACAAAUGAUUUACUAAAAUACGUAUUUCUUGGUACUUAUCAUGUAAUGACAGAAUGACAAUAGCAAAUCACUAGGGAUGGAAAAAUUCCUCGAUAUUUGAUGCUGAGAGUAGCAAUAUUUCUGACUAUAUAUUCAUUUAACUGUCAGAGUUGUUUUUAUGGUAAAUUACAUUCUUCAGAAGUUAAUAAAAAAUUUGAGUCUCAUCAAGGUUAGGAAACUUAAACUGUAAGUUCAGUAUUAACAUUUUAAGACCAUUUCUAACAUUUGUAAAGCAAGAUUUUUGAAGCUUUCCUGGGUAAUUUUAAUGUUACUUAAAAUUUUUAUACCAGUUAAUAAACUUUCUGCUCACAUUUUUAA